AGCGCAGAUGUGGCUCAUUUUGAGAAUACAAGGAAGGAGCGAAAGGGCUUAGGGCGAAGGCAGGAAUCUUCAGCCAUGCUUCCAAACUCUCCUGGUUCUUCCUAAUCAUUUCUCCCUAGUGCCCCUGGUGCCUCUCCCACUUGAAGGUGUGAUGCCAUCGCCUCUAGCCCUGUGUCGAUACCUCCCUGGUGAGCUGUCGCCGUCGGUGGACUCACGGCCCUGCAGCAGCCCCUUGGUGGUCCCGAGGAAGGCAGAGAAGCUCUUUCUGGGGGCCACUCCUCCUCGGGCCCCGCGGCUGCCUCGCCGGCUGGCCUGGUGCUCCAUCGACUGGGAACAGGUAUGCCUGCUGCACAGGCUGGGCUCUGGAGGGUUUGGUUCUGUGUACAAAGCCACUUACCACGGUGUUCCUGUGGCCAUAAAGCAAGUGAACAAGUGCACCAAAAACCUACGUGCAUCCCAGCGGAGUUUCUGGGCUGAACUCAACAUUGCAAGGCUGCGCCACGACAACAUAGUCCGGGUUGUGGCUGCCAGCACGCGCACGCCCAAGGGCUCCAACAGCCUGGGUACCAUAAUCAUGGAGUUUGGGGGCAAUGUAACUCUACACCAAGUCAUCUAUGGUGUCACCCGCUCUCCAGGGCCUCUAAGCUGCAGCAGAGAGCAACUGAGUUUGGGGAAGUGCCUUAAGUAUUCCCUAGAUAUUGUUAACGGCUUACUUUUCCUCCACUCACAAAGCAUUUUGCACUUGGAUCUGAAACCAGCGAACAUUUUGAUCAGUGAGCAGGACGUCUGUAAGAUUAGUGACUUCGGUUGCUCCCAGAAGCUGCAAGAUCUGUGGUGCAGGCAGGCGCCCCCUCACCACAUAGGAGGCACCUACACGCACCAAGCUCCCGAGCUCUUGAAAGGAGAGACCGCCACGCCCAAAGCCGACAUCUACUCUUUCGGCAUCACCCUCUGGCAGAUGACCACCAGGGAGGUGCCUUACUCUGGCGAGCCUCAGUGCGUGCAGUACGCGGUGGUGGCCUACAAUCUGCGCCCGUCGCUGGCGGGGGCCGUGUUCACCGCCUCCCCGACGGGGCAGUCGCUGCAGCGCAUCCUCCGGAGCUGCUGGGAGGCCCGCGCCCUGCAGAGGCCGGGUGCAGAUCUGCUCCUGAGGGACCUGAACGCUUUCCGAGCGGCACUGGCCUGACUCCAUCCAGCCUGUGCUGAGAUAAGCUUUUUGUUUCUGUUUAUUUUUAAAGGAUGUUGUGGAAGAAAA